UCUCGCAGCACUGCGCAGCAUCACCGGCGACACCAAAAAAACCAACACUCCGCCCUGCCAAGCCACAACGCAUCAUGAAUUCAAAUUCUUACAAAUCCAAAUUAUGAACGCUCAAGGUCUCGAGAAUUAGUUAAAAGACUCGUCGACUGCCGUCCUGUUGUUUGGUACUUGUUUGUUUUUUCCUCCUCUGGACCUCCAAAGACGCGCCCCAAAGAGCUCAAAAUGGCCGAGAUCACUGAAAUACGAGCAGCGUACGAUAUGUCCCCAGUACUUGCGGGCUUCAUCGGCGCCGGCGUAUUGGUGGUUGCAGUGGUGGCUUUAAUCUUUGUGUGGACAUGCUGCCAAAAACGUUACCACAGGAUGAGCCACAAGCUGCAUGGUGUCCAUACAGAGUGUAGUGACCCAUUAACAGACCCUCCUUACAAAUUCAUCCACAUGCUGAAGGGCAUGAGCAUCUACCCAGAGGCACUGACCAGCAGCAAGAGAAUUGUGCGACUUGUGCGUCGAGCUGGUGGCAUUAACAGUGAUGUCGAGCGAGAGGGCAAGGGGUGUCCUGUUGUGCUAGUGGAUGUGGGUGCAGAGAAGAGUCCAACAGUGACACCUCAGUUUGAGGUAGGUGGUUUAGAUGAGAUUGCUCACACGGCUCCACGACUUGAGAGGGAGCUUCCUGUUCGUGCAGACUACUGCUGCCUGGAGAACAGCUCAAGCAGUGGCAGUCAAAGCUCAAGCACCACAGCAUCUAGCAGCGCCACACCCUUCACGGAUGAGGCAGAUCGUGGAACCCUUAGCCUCGCCAUCGACUACAAUUUCCCCAAGAAGGCACUGGUGGUGACUGUACUGGAGGCGCGAGGGUUACGAGCUGUGGAUAGCCAAGCUGGCAGUGCUGACCCUUACAUCAAGAUGACCAUCUUGCCUGAAAAGAAACACAGAGUGAAGACCCGGGUCCUGCGCAAGACACUUGAGCCUGCUUUUGACGAGACGUUCACAUUUUAUGGCGUGCCAUACAGCUCGCUGUCGGAGCUCACGCUGCACUUCCUUGUGCUGAGCUUUGACCGCUUUGCUCGUGACGAUGUGAUUGGUGAGACGUUGGUACCUCUGGAUGGCAUUGAGCUUAGCACAGGCAAAGUGCAAAUCACACAGCCGAUUAGCAAAAGAAGCAUGCAGUGUGUGAGCCGCGGUGAGCUGCUGGUGUCUCUUUCGUAUCAGCCUGUCUCUCAUAGACUAAGUGUGGUGGUCCUGAAAGCUAGACACCUUCCCAAACUGGACAUCACUGGCCUGGCUGGAAACCCAUAUGUGAAAGUGAACGUGUUCUACAACCGUAAGCGUAUUGCCAAGAAGAAAACUCAUGUGAAGAAAUGCACGCUGAAUCCUGUUUUCAAUGAGUCCUUCAUCUAUGACGUACCCGCUGAUCUGCUGCCCGACAUCUCUAUCGAAUUUCUGGUUAUGGACUUUGACCGCACUACUAAGAACCAGGCUGUGGGGCGUCUGGUGCUGGGAACACACAGUCCCUGCCCCUCUGGUGCCACCCACUGGCAGGAGGUCUGCCAAAACCCACGCCGGCAAAUCUCCAAGUGGCACAGCCUUGUAGAAUAUUGAGGUUUCUCCUGUCUGUUCUCCACACACAUAAAUAAAUACACACACAGCCACACACACACACACACACACACAUUACAGAUAUGCACACAAAUACAGUAAACAAUAACAAUAUACACAAAGAUAUGAGGGAGACCUUAAGACCCUAAGAAAGACCUCUUACCUUAUUUGUCUUUAAAAAAAAAAACAAGACUAAAGGAAGACAAUGAAUUAGAACACUUCACACGGACUUAAAAAAAACAUGAUGAAUUUUUGCAGCAGCUAUGUAGUGAUUAGUUCUCAAAUAAUCCUUUAUAAACAGUGCUGUUUUAGACAUCAGUGACCCAUACACACACUUGUGCAUACACGUACACAAAUACACUGACCAAUAGUAACUUAAGAGACCAAAAUAUUGUUAUGUACACAAUUUUGAGACUGUUACAAGUACGCUCUUCUGAACUUAGCAUUGAUUGUAUGUAUGUUUAAAUUAAGGUGUAACGUCUGUCUCCACAGACCUCACUACACUGCUGUAGUUCACUGUACCGCAUGUCUGAAUAACACCAGAUUUACUGUAACAAUUCAAGAAACCAAGCAAACAGCUGUCAGUGCUGACAAGUGACAAAAGUAAAUAAUGGCAUGAAUCACAGUAAGAUGUAGAAUGACUUUUCAAGUGACAUGCCAAACUUCUUAAUAUGAGUAUCAGGUAAAAAUAAAUAAAUCAUGCUGCCCUUAGCAUGUGAGUUAUUAUGGUGAUCAGAAUGAAGCCUUUCAUUAUACAAUGGAUAUAAGUCUGCCCACUUCUGUUAAAAUGGCAGGAUUUGUGAUGUAAAAUAAUUGAACCGGUAAGACUGGUAGCGGUGCUCCAUUUUUUCUAUUUGUUGAUGAUAUCCUUUAUGUUCCAUGGUAUCUAAUGAUUGAGAAAUUAUUUUAUUUCCCUCUCAUGAUCCAUACCAUUAAACAAGUGAGAUAUUGUGCAUGCUUUGAAAGCUCUUUUUGGACCAUGGGUUUAGCAGUCAGAUGAAUCCUCCAGAAACAGCUCUUUAUUAUGGCUUAUAUUAAUUAGAAUAAUUGCACUGAUGACAGAUGUGUGAUAAUUACUUUGGAUCAAAUGAUUUAUAAAAUGGUGUGCACACAGCCAGAUUAUUGUAACUGUUUUUGUAACUGUAUUUUUCCAAUUUUAGCCUAAAGUGUCUGAUUGUUUUUCACAUUGAGGGUGCAAGAAGUUCUUAUGUGUUUUUAUCUUGGUUUAAUUUACUGUUCACAUCAGAAAACCCUGCAAACAUAUGUGCACAGACCUUUUAUAUCCAUUGUAUACAACUCUGGAUGCUCAUCUGUUCAACUUAUUCUUUCAAAAAAGGUUGAGUAAUUUGGGCAAACAUGUGUGGCUUUGCGACAGCAAUAAAGACGGCUGUUCUUACAGUUUGAAGAUAACAUGGAUUUAAUGUUAUUUUCCUUAUUGUCCAUGUACCUUCCAGUUAAUACAUGACUAUACGGUUGUAGCGUGAGGCUACAUACAAAAUAUGGAGCCAGUCCGUAUGUACAGUACUCAAACUCACUUUGAAUGUCAUAUGUAAGAUAACACCUGCUCCAUGUAGCCACUUUUUUAUUUUUCUUUCAGUCUUUCUAUACUGUCUCUUAUUGUCACUGUAAAUACUGUACAAAUUGUACAGGGGCACUGUUGUGUAUUUAAUGGUUAUUGUACUAUAUGCAAUGAAUGCCAACAGCAAGAUUGUUUUUAAUAUGGUGUGGUGUGUUUCCUAAAACCCCAGAAUCUGUAACAGGUCUGUUAGAUCUAAUUGUGCUGGGUUAGUACACUGUAAAAUGAAGUCAGCCAACAUACAGUGAGUUAAUGGUGCAUGGUACUGAACAUUAUAUUUCGGCUUUUUUGAUCUCGGACUUGGCAGGCAGUGCAUUGCUCAUCACAGCAGAUUUAAUAGAUGGUACUGCUGUAUGGCGCACACACCUGUUAAACCAUGCACUAUACAUAGUCCUUCCUCUACUUCCCUCAAAGCCCACAAUAUUCACAGUUACAGUUUCAAUAGACAUCUCUUGCAUUGCCUACAUCAUAAUUUUUAUAGGGGUCAUAUUGUAUAUGGAUGUGAUACCAACUGGUAGAAUACUGAAAGGAAAAUGGAUUUUGAUUGUACAUGAUUUAAGGGUACUCAUUACACAAACUGAACGAUUCCUCUACAAUAAUCUCAGAAACAGUCCAGUCAACAGUAAUUGAUUUUUUAAUGAGUAUUACUGAGUCAGUUGGAGAAACAAAAAUCAAAAACCUAGGUGUUAAUUAGAUGCUGUAAUGAUUAUAAUUUAGACAAAAGCUGUAAAUUGGAGGGACUUUUAUGUUGAAAUAAAAAAUGAAUAACUUUACUUACAUUGCUGAAUGUUCAGUGACAUUUAAUAUAACACAUUAACAUGUAUGUUGGUGUUCUUAACCACACUGAAUGUGCAAAUUAAAUGUGAUACACAAAUGAAA